GGCGAGAUGAAAUUAAUGCCGCGAUCGACAUUUCUAAAAGAGAGUACAACGCGGAGAGUUGCCGCACAUCCGACCGGAUUUAGAUCCACGCGACUUUUAUAGACGAGAGCAUUCAACAUUAGUUGAGGUUUUUUUUUUUGGUGUGUGGGAUAUUUCGUUUUGUUGUGGGACAUGUUUGGCCGUGUGGUGCAGGUGACGUUAGUGUUCCUCCUAACAUUUCUCAACACCCAAGCGAAGAAACCACCCGGAUACGUAGCUCCUCCCAAAGAAUAUGACCCUAACCCACCGAAGUACGAAUACGGCUACAAAAUACAAGACGACAAGUCCACACAUGGAAAAGACGAGCAACGUGAUGGCAUUUACGCCCAAGGGAGAUAUUACGUGGAAAAUGGCAAAAAUUCCAAUCAGAGCGUCAAAUACUUCGCAGACGAUUGGGGCUACCAUCCCGUAGUAGAAUACAGCAGUGCAGGCCCACACAGCAAAACCUCAACGAAUUUCGCACUAGGUAUCGAAGCCAUCAAGCUUAAAAACAAUCAGAAAUCGAUCCCACAAGACCCAUCUGAUCCAGGGAAAGCAGCGAAUUUGGCCAAACUAGACCCUCCUGCCAUAACAGAGCCGGCACCAGAAGUCACCACUAUAGAUCAGCUCCUUCCCAAUCCAGAUCAAUCUGGUGAAGCACAAGAUCCGUCCUGGAAUAAAGACCCUCAACAACCGCUCUUCUACUAUGUCCAACCUGUAUCUUCGAACUUGGAAAGUUUCAUUUUUAAGCCUGCUGAAGAACAAAAACUGCAACUCUUAGAACACCCGGAAGCCCCAGAGACUGCCAAACUGAUAAAACCUCCAGAUCACAUUGUGCAACAACUCGAACCGAAACAUACCAACAUAGACUUUAAGAACCUAAUAGACUCGACUAAGAACCUGGUGUCAGGAGAGGACGUGCUUAAUAUUAACGCAGCAGCUGCCAAUGAGUCUCUGGAAAGUCUACUGGAGCAAUUUAUCACUCCUACAAUAGUAGAUAACCAUUUGCAAGCAAAUGCUGCAACACCUCCUCCGGAGGCCAGCCUUCUACAAGAGCCAAUUGUUGUUGCUGACUCUAGUGAUAAGCCUGUAGAUGAAAAAACUGAUGAGAAUAUUAGUUAUGCCAGCAGUACUGCCAGAAGCACCAUAAAUGCCUUGCAAGGUAAUCCGGAUGUCAUAGUCACUCCUAGGCCAGUAAGCUCUAACACUGCUGGAGUACAGUUGCAAAAUGCUGAACGCCCAUUGGUGCAAAUUCAAAAAACCAUUCCUUACUACUUAGGCAUGUACGAGUACCCCACAGAGUUAAAUGCUGAUAAUGCCACAUCUUUAGAGCAAGCUGCAGUUGAAAAUAUCGAGCUCGGAAAGACACUUUUAUAUUUUCCACACCAAGAGCCACCGAGAGCUGAAGCUUUGCAAGCUAAUAUAGAAUCUAACCAUGUAGAGUUUGAAAGCAAGAAAGAUGCUUUACUGCAUGAGUACAUCUAUGAACGUCCUAAGCAAGAACUCAUUGACAUCUCACCAAAACCUAUAGAAGUUACUAAAUACAUAGACAGACCUUAUCCGGUUGAGGUGCCUGUACCUUACCCUCAACCCUAUCCGGUGGAAAAAAUAGUAAAGCAAAUAGUCAAAGAACCAUAUCCCAUUGAAGUAAAAGUGCCGGUGCCAGUAGAAAAAGUGAUUGAAAGAAAAAUCCCAGUACCAUACUACAUUGAGAAACCUAUAGAGAAAAUCGUUGAAAAGCCUGUGCCGCACUAUAUUGACAGACCGGCCACCAGUUCUCAAGCCUUUCUACUACACAUUCCCGGUCUAUUCACUCAACAAAAGUACAACACCUUAGUACAAAACACUUGGCAACAGCCUCUAGAGACUAACAUUAAAUACUCCGGCUACCCAAUAGUGUAUGCACCUCAGUACUUCCCCGGCAAGCAAAAUAUUCCAAUAAACAAAAGUCAUAAUAAAUUAAGGAAACUGAACCUUUUAGUGUUCCCUCCGAGAGGGAACUACUUCAACUUACCACCGAUCACCAAGAAUCCCAAUGACUUAGUGCAAAACAAGUAUAAUUAUCAAACAUUUAGACAUUCAAAUGCCCAACUGAAUAAUGCCUAUUUGCCGCCAACGAACCAAAAUAUCAACAAAGAACAUCAAAAUGAUCACAUCGGGUUGGUUCCCCCGAAAAAGCAAUUUAUUCAGCAAGAUCAUCAAGCAGCAGCAAGUGUUGCAACUGCUCACUCUAUCAAUAGACCCACUGAUGAUCAUUUUGCCAGGUUACCUCCAAAGAAGCAUUACCAGGAACGAGGCGGAAGGUCGUUCUUCGAUGAUAAGAGUGUUAGAUUGGAAUACGGGUUUAUGCCACCACUUAUUCCUUCUCUGGAGAUUGACGAGCAUGGGCAACCGAUAGAGAGGGACGAUAAUAAGCACUGAGAAGUGAUUUUUUUAGUUGCCAUUUUAUAUUCCUAUUUUGUAACUAUACUCGACUGACCAGGAGUGGUGCUCACAUCUCCUUUUUCAUAUUUUUUCACUACAGUUACCGAGAUGAGAUUCAUUUACCUCUUUUAUAAGUUUUUUUUUAAGGAUGUUAGUGUUAAUUUAUUUUAUUUGUAAAGGUGUAUCUUUAAGGGCUUCCUUUUGUUUUAUCAUAUGGUUAUAUUGUGAUUUUAGUGUUAAGUAUUUACUGUAUAAAUGAUGAAAUUAGCAGCAACAGUUUUCUUUUUUUUUGUUAAUGUCAGGGUUAAUUUUUAUUUAAGAAAUUUUCUACUAAUACUUGUUUAUAAAAAAGAAUUAAUACAUUUUGGUUUCUUUUA